GGAAAGCAGAAAGUUGUCCUCUGACGAAAAUGUCGAUAUUCAACUGCGUAUGUAAUAGCAUAGCACCGAUCACACCCGCAAUAGCUGCGGUAGCAACAGUAGCCUUGUAUGUAAAAGGAGGAAAUGGACUAACUGCAUCACUGGGUUUUUCAAUUAUUGCUACACUCUACUUUAUGCGGACAAUAGUGUCAUUUGUUCCAUACGCUGUUCGGUUAUUUGGAGAAACCAGGAUCAGUUUUGAACGAAUAAAGAAUUUUAUGUUGGAAGAAGAGUUCAUUCCGCCGAGUCGAGAUGUGUUAAAUCCGGGAAAUGCUAUAGAGCUCCAUGAGGCGAUGUUUGCGUGGGAUGCCUGUAACAUCAAUACUAACGAAGAGACCAAAGGCGUCAAGGGCCAGGCGACCUCGUCGUUGUUCCUGAAGAACAUCAAUCUAACAGUCAAUAAGGGCAAGCAUAUCGGAAUAUGUGGCGCUGUUGGCUGUGGGAAGUCUUCUCUCUUUCAAGCUCUAAUAGGGCGGAUGCCCCUGGUUAGCGGCCAUCUUGCUGUCGGAAGCGCAGUAGCGUAUGCGGGACAACAGGCCUGGAUAUUUAACGGGACAUUGAGAGAUAACAUCCUCUUCGGAAGACCCUAUGAACAAGAUUGGUAUAGAAAGGUAUUACACGCCUGUAGCUUGAACCCAGAUCUCCGAAUACUCGUCAAUGGCGACCAGACUGAGAUUGGCGAUAGGGGAACAAACCUCAGUGGUGGUCAAAAGCAGCGUGUUAGUUUGGCACGUGCUGUCUACAGUAAAAGAGAAAUAUAUCUCCUUGACGACCCCUUGUCUGCUGUAGAUUCCCAGGUCGGUCAGCAUCUGUUUCACACGUGUAUUGAUGAAGUUUUGAGCGAUAAAACCGUACUUUUGGUGACUCACCAACUACAGUAUUUGAAACACUGUGACGAAAUAUACGUUAUGGAUGAUGGUAAAAUAAGUGAACAUGGGACCCACGAGGCGUUAUUGUCAAUGAAUGGACAUUACGCAAAAUUGAUGGAUCAGUUUGAUUCGACCUCGGUCCAAAGUAAUACUCGUACAUGUGAUGGAAAUCAAGAGGGAGAUUUUGAAACAAACAAUGUCAAAACAAGUCACCAAAUCGAUUCUACAAAAACUGAUAACUGUACAAACAACAACAACGAAAAAGGUAUCCUUACUGACAGAGAGACGUCUGUGAGUGGCAGCAUAAGUAUAGAUGCAUAUAUUAGCUACGUCAGAGCUGCUGGAGGCAAACUAGUGAUUGCCAUUGUGUUGCUGGUGUAUUUAGUAUCAAUUUCUUCAACCUCUUUCAUUGAAUGGUGGCUUGGAAUUUGGAUUGAACAGACGACCGUCUCAGUCGAAAUAACGAGCCCUUCUGAAUUAAAUGAAACUGGUUCAAUUACAAAUAUCGAGGAUGUCACCACGUUCAAAGUGCCAACUUAUUCUACACCGGAAACAGCGGAGGAGUCUUACCAAAUGGAUUGGUAUUUGGAUAUAUUUGUCUAUGCCGCUUUUGCAGUUAUUGGAUUGGUCAUAUUGAAAGCAACAGUAGCAGGAAAAGUCGCAAUAAAAGCUUCAGUAAAUCUGCACAACAAUGCCAUUGGACGAGUGAUGAGUUCCCCCAUGCAAUACUUUGACGCAAAUCCAACUGGUAGAAUCCUUAACCGAUUCUCGCGAGAUGUAGAUGAAGCUGACAUGUUUAUUCCCUUUAUGCUGGAUAACUUUCUACAAAUGUCGGUCUCGAUAGUUAUCGCCAUUGCCUCCGUCGCAUACAAUUACCCUUGGUUGAUCCUUCCAAUAGUUCCAAUCGGAUUAUGCGUCUAUAUUAUUCCUAAUCAUCUCAUCUAUUGCAAUUCUUAAUUUCAAACGUCUGGAAAACGUCGUUAGAUCGCCACUUAUCAGUCAUGUCACUACAUCUUGCAGUGGUCUAAGUACCAUUGUGGUUUUCUCACAAGAAGAACACUUAAUGCAAGGGUUGAAACAAUACUCGGACAAAACAUCAGUGGGCAUAUUCCUGUUUGAGAACUGUCUACGGUGGAUAGGCCUGCGAAUUGACAUUUGCGGCUGCGUGCUAGUUCUUAUAACAAGUAUUGUCGUGCUGUUCACCAAGGACACCAUAUCUCCCUCUCUGGCAGCGCUGUCACUGACGAUGUCUAUAAAAGUGUCAUCAAUUUGCCAGUUCUGGACCCGUGCGUUAAAUGAUGUUAAUGCCAGGUUUACAUCCAUUGAACGACUUAACGAAUAUGAGAAUCUGGAUAUUGAAAAAGAAACCGGGAGUUUGCAGAUAGACAGUACAUGGCCAAACAAAGGAGGGAUAACAUUUUCCAAUGUGGAGAUGAAAUAUCGCAUUGAUAUGGAUACUGUACUCAAGAAUAUCAGUUUUGACAUCCUUCCUAAACAAAAAGUUGGUAUCGUAGGCCGCACAGGCGCAGGAAAAUCAUCACUGGCUGCUGCGCUCUUCAGAUUGACUGACCUUUCGGGAGGUCAAGUGAUUAUUGAUGACGUCGAUAUCAGUUCUAUAUCACGGAAAAUGGUGAGGUCAAAUCUAUCGUCGAUUCCACAAGAUCCUGUAUUGUUUGCUGGUACAAUAAGGC